AUGUCGCAAUUCGGCGGUGGAAAGCCUGGAGGCUGGACACGUCCUGGAACAGGUGGAAGUCAAAUGCCGGGAUUUGGAAUGGGUGUUGGUGCCUUUCCUAUGAUGGGAGUUCAAAGCAUGGGCGUUCCGAUGGGUAUGGUCAAUCAGGCUGCAUUUGCUCAACAAAAUGUGAUGGGGAUGGGCGUGAUGGGUGCUGUACCAUCUUCUGCAUCCGUUCGAGCUUCAGCUGGACAGGUUUGUAAUCCUGUUAUUACAUAUAAAUGUGUGCGAAUGUAUUGUAAGGUCAUUGUGACAUUAAAACAGUCAUUGUACCAAUUGUUUCAGUCAAAUUCAUCGGUUGGUGGUAAGAACCAACGCACUUUUGUCGGCGUAGUCACCAAAAUGCACGAUAACUAUGGAUUUGUGGACGAUGACGUCUUCUUCCAACAUUCUGUGAUUCGUGGUACACUUCCUCGCGUUGGCGAAAAAGUAAUGGUUGAAGCGAGCUACAAUCCGCAGAUGCCAUUCAAGUGGAAUGCAUACCGUAUCCAGUUAUUGAAUUCAGGUGAAAGCGGGCCACCUUCGUCACAAAACCACAAUAUGGCACGACCGGGCGCAGUUGGUGGUUCAGCCGGUGGAAGAUGGGGGCCGCCGACAUCAGCAGAUCGAAAUGGUCCAUCACAUAGGGGUUCUCCACCUCGUCGUCGUUCACCACCCCGUCGCAGUCCUCGUCAUGCACCCAGCCCACUUCGUAAAGAUGGUCCGCAACGUCGGAAGUCACCACCAAUUAGACGCUCGCCAGCAGCUCGCCGUUCUUCGCCACCAACAAAGUCUGAAAGAAAUGAGCGAGACCGUAAACGUGAACGUAGCGCAAAUCCUUCUAGUGCGGCUCAGUCUACCAGAAGGGAAAGUAAUAGCCCUCCUCGUCGCCGCGCUCGCAUAAUUCCUCGUUAUGAGUGUCAUCCACCUCGUCCUGUUCCGUUGAGUGAAUUCAUGUCGGUUGUUGGUUUACGUACUCGAUACUCAAAACUGUACAUCCCAUCCGAUUUUUCGGACAUGACUGCGGAGUGGACCAAGAGGGUUCCAUUGGAUGCUGAUAUUGACCUCACAAAUCCGGUAGCGUUUCAUGUUUGGAAUAAAGAAGUUGAUUAUCCGCUCAGUGAUGGAGGAAUUGAGGCCGUCCUGGAGCCCGAUGACGCAGAUCAUCGUCAUCAAGUUAAGGUGCUUCUGCUAGCACAUCCUGGUAGACAAGAGGUCCACAGAAAAGCCUUUGGUCUUCUUCCUGAUGGGUCCACUGAUGACACAUACGAACCUACUUCAUUCUUUAAACAACUUAGUUUCCUCGUCGGGACUCGAGGGAAGGAGCCGUUAGCUAUUGGUGGUAGUUGGUCGCCAUCAAGAGAUGGUGAUGACCCUACCAAUCCAACAACCAUUAUUCGCACAGCGAUUCGUACAACAAAAGCGCUUACAGGAGUUGAUUUAUCGAAUGUUCCGCAAUGGUGGGUGGCGUACGAGCUGGUGCACGUGCGCUAUUACCGCGCCGAUCGUGAACGCACGGAUAGCGUGCGUCUACUGUUACCGGACACUCAACUGCUUCUUGACGACAAUUCGGACGAGGAACGUUGGACGGCAGUGCAGGCUGCGCUGCAGGCUCAACUCGAAGCGAAGUUGGCUGCAGUCGACACGCCUACACCGGAAGAUCAAAGUGAAGUUCUCACUCCAACGAAGGAAGCAGCAGUUGCUGCCGAAGAUACACCAGGAAAGGAUGGUGAUGAAGAGGCAGUAGAGUCUAAAGAUGCGCCCACACAUUGGAGUAAAUUAGAUCUUAAGGCGCUCAAGGUACCCGAACUACGUGCUGAACUGGAAGCGCGAGGUCUAGAAACAAAGGGUGUGAAGUCGCUGUUGUGUAAAAGACUACAGGAGGCACUUGAUCAGGAAAAGGAAAAAGAGGACGGGGAUGGAGCUGCUCCUACCGGUGACAUUGAAAUGACGGACGUAGCCGGUGAUGAAGAGGAGUCAGAGGGCAAAGUGGAGCAAACUUCAACCGAAAAAAAACUUGCGGAGAAAACUGAAGCUGAGUUAAAGAAGGAGGCCGAAGAGCAAAAGAAGAAGGCUGAAAAAAUAGAAAAAGAAAAACAAGAGCGCAAAGCUACACUUGAGAAAUAUUACACAAUGCCAAAAGAGAGAAAACUACCACUGAAAGGGCCAGUUUAUGAAUUGGAGCUUCAGAUAUUGGUAUACCCCUCAAAGACUGCUAAAGGAGGGAAAUUCGAUUGUAGAGUUAUAAGCAUGCAGUCACUUCUCGACUACAGACAGGACGACAACAAAGAGUCUCAUUUCGAAGUAAGAACUUAUGCAAAGUUUCCUAUUGUAUCGCUCUUCGUGGAAGCCUUCAAAGAGCUCUUAGAGCGUCAUUCAGCUUUCACAAUUUACUAUGCUAUCGCUCGUGCUGCCGACAAAGAAGUUGAACGGAAGAGAAGAGAUGAGGCAAGGGAGAAGAAAGACGAAGAGGUUUACAUUUCGUUAUCACAUUCCAAUCUUCAAUGGUCUCUAACCGGAACCUUUUCGAAUCUUUUGCCAUGUUCGAUGUCAAUUUGUGCGGGUGUGUUACUAGCUAUGCAUAGGCGACUGUGUAUCUUUCAUUAUUUCUCUGAAGAUGAGAAAUACUGUUUUGUUUAUAGAUAUUUGAACGAGCGCGAUCUUGAGGAUAUUAUUUUCAACAGCGAAUUCGGAGUUACUAGGGCUCAAAUGCAAAAGUUUUCACACAAGCUAAUGUCACGAGAGAGAAUCAAUUACAGGCAGUUGUUUAUUUUCAUUUUUAGUUUUGUUGUCCAUAGACACCUAACCGAUGUUUUGGUUGACUCUGAUGGAAAUGUCAGGUUUACGCCUGGUGAAUGCGAGAAUCCUCCAGACAUGUGCUCACUUCUUAAAGGCUCCGGUUUCCCGGCAUCUAAGAAUUCACUUGAGCCCCAGAUCAAUGGCGACGUGCAUGUAUCUGAAGCUUCGGAUGGAACAGUUAUCAUUAAUGGUAACGUGGUUAAUGUUGCACAGAAGUUGGCGCUGUUGAAAAAAAGUGAGAUAGAACGUGAUCACGCCAAAGCAUCGUUAGCCGAACAAACUACACUAAUAGAUCAGCUUCGCGAGAUCAAGCAUGAACUUGAGAGGAAAAAUCGCGACAUUGAGAAGGAUUUAGAUAAACAAAAAAAGCGACUUGAUGAAAGCAACAACGCCCUCAAAUCAUCGUUGGAUUCCAACAUUGCGCUCAAGUCUGCUCUAUCAGAUUGUAAGAGAUAUGCGGAUCGUAUAAUCUCAGCAAUUGAACGGACUUUCCCUCCACCUGCUCCAAUUAAACAACUCGAAGAAACUAAGCCUGCUGUUGAUGGUGUAGAUGAUACUGAUGAGCCAAUACCUGCAGAAAUCGUUUUGACGGAGGAAGUUGGAGCGGAAGAAGAUAGUGAAGAAAAGACUGCUUGA